AGAAAGCCCCAGAACAAUUAGAAUUCAACAGAAAGCCCCCAACGCUUCGCCCGCUUCAUUUCCAAGCACAUAUAUUCAUAUCUCUAGAGAGAGACUGCAGAGAGAGUUAAGUUCUUGAAGCUCGAGAGGAAAGAGAGAAGAAGCGAGCGAAAAUGGUGAACUACAUGCUGAAGAUCACCGCCGACCUCGAGAACCUCACCAACCUCCAGCCUCAGAACGGUUGCGACGAUCCCGAUUUCUCCUACUUCUUCAAGUUGAGAUGCGGGAGGUGUGGCGAGGUAACUCAGAAGGAGACGUGUUUGACACUGGGUGAAAGCCUUCCGAUUCCUAAUAGCAAGGGAACCACUCAUCUUGUUCAAAAGUGCAAGUUCUGUGAGAGGGAUGGAACAGUGACAAUGAUCCCUGGGCAAGGUCGGCCAUUGACACAGGAAGACAGCGAAUCGGGGAAAUAUGCACCAUUAAUGUUAUUUGACUGCAGAGGCUAUGAACCUGUUGAAUAUUCUUUUCUUGGUCUUUGGAAGGCUGAAUCUUUGGAGGGAACGUUAUUUGAGAAUAUUGACUUAUCAGGGGGUGAGAUUGCUGAGUACGACGAGAAAGGAGAAUGUCCAGUCAUGAUAUCCAAUCUCCGUGCCACUUUUGAUGUGACGAAAUAGCGAGGUGCUCUCACUUUCCAAUCUUGGCAUCGAAGACCGCCUAUUUUCUCGGAGAGGAGCAAAAGAACAUGCUUGUCAUUAACAGGACAAUGACAAAAACAUCAGUGUGAAUCAUGUCAACUUCGCAGACACUCUGAUGACAGUCUUUAUGCAUAUAAUGGUUUCCAUUUGUUUGGUUUAGGAUGGUGUGAAUUAUGAACCCUUUGAUGCUGACGUUGGAUGCCAUGCCUUGCAUAUAAAAAAAAUUACAACUUGUGCUUGCAAAAA